GGCGGCUCUCUUCUGCUCCAAGUGGCGUCGGCGCCGCACACGCUCGUCGUAGCUGCCGCGUGCUCUUUCACUCGAGCGCAGUGCUCAUCUGUCACAACUGUCCUCAUUGCGACGCACUUCAACCACGGCAGAUUGGAUGGUCGCUUUGCCCUUCUGCUAAACAUCGGCGUAGGAAAUUUUGCAAAAAGGUUACGCCUAUCACUUUUCGUACCCCUCCUCGAAGCGGCCCUACCUUCUGCUCACGCUUUUGUUGUCCUCCAAGUUUCCGCGCCGUAUGUCGGAAAAAACGUCAAGGACAAUAGGCUGCAGGAUGUGCGGGCGACACGUGCUCUAGAACGGCGCCUGAACUUGAACCUCUGUUGGUACAAAGAAUGGAAGAUGCCCAGAAGAAAGAUGUGACUGCGAAUGGAAAACCGAGGAUUGUCAAGGUAGACCUGUAUGAAGAACCCAGCGAAGCUACGGGCGAAGGUUUCUGCAGAGCCCCCAGAUUGAGUUUCGUGGAGUGCAGCUGUCCUGAUGCUAAUGUUCUCGGAAAGAAGAAGAAAGGCGAAGCAGCUGGCAUAGACAAGUGCUGGUGGGUGGUAGCACUUGCUUUCGUCAUGACCACCAUGGAGUCCUCGACUAGCCGCUGCUCGGGUUUUCUAUACGUGGGCAUCAUAGAGCAGAUGCGUGUGGAGCGUGGCCUUGCAUCGUGGCCCGUGAACCUCAUAACUUCGGUGAACGACUUCGGAGGUCUCGUGUCCGGUCCACUGAGCGAACAUUUCAGCACUGUUCCAGUGAUGGCAGUAGGAUCCGUGUUGGCGUCUACAGGCGUUAUAGCAUCGGCUUUCGCUCCGGAUGUCACGUGGCUUUCCAUCACUCUCGGCGUAGUACACGGUUUUGGUGUGGGAGUCGUCGCCACCAUGCUGCAAGUCACCAUAAGCAUGUAUUUCAAGCGGUACAGAGGUACCGCCCACGGCAUCAUGUUUGCUGGCUCCACGGCGUGCGCAUUCUUCUACCCUCAGCUCCUGCUCUUCCUGAGAAACACGUACGGCUUCCGGGGAAGCCUCCUUCUUCUUGGUGCCAUCCUGAUGCAUAUGUUCGCCUUAAGCUUCGUGUUCCGCGAACCCUCUUGGGUUUCCAGUGAGAGAAUCGAGAAAAGACGCCCGACAGCAGCAAGUCUACCAUCGUUUCCAAUGACCGAAUUCGAAACUCGGCGGCAAUCAAAGUUACGUCGCUCAUCGUGCCCUAUCACUGAACUAGAAUCCCAACUCGCGGCAGAAGCGCGUCGGCUAUCGAUUCCUGCUAGCGGACUGAAAGCCCGAAGCGAGACACAAGCACCUCGACCAUCGCUUCUUAUUACUCAACUGGAAGCCAGCUGCGCAACCAUGCCGGUCUCCACCUUGCAGGCUGUGCUGCAAAGUGUUCGCGAAGUUUUCAAGUGCAGUAUGUUAUACACGCUCAUUGUCACUUGGCUAGUGCUCUGCUACAACACGGAUAUCUUCUUCUCCACAAUAGUGGACCUUGCUUUGGACAAAGGCGUACCGCUGCGGGAGGCUGUGGCCCUCAUCCCUUACUUCUCAAUAACGGACCUUGUGGGAAGGGUGUUCCUGCCGCUACUGGCAGAUCGCAAAUACCUGCGGCGCACGACGUUGAUGGUAGUGAACUACAUUCUUCUUGGUGCGACGGUGGUGUCGGUGCCAUUCACCGAUCGGUACGUCGCUUUGGUUGGUGCGUCACUGUGCGUGGCCAUGUUCAUGGGCUGCGGCAUGACAAUGCACAGCGUUAUGAUGGCAGACUAUUUGGGACUCGAGCGGCUAGCCGUGGGGUACAGUAUCAUGGGCGCCAUCUGCGGGCCACUGCUACUGGGAAAGCCUCCUGUUGUGGGUCUCUUCAGGGACAAUCUUGGCUCGUACGAUGCGAUGUUCUGGCUUCUGGGCAGCCUGUGCAUAUUCGUCGGCUUGCUGUGGAUGAUUGUGUCGUGGUUUGAAAGGAAGAAAGUUCGCAACUGGGAACUGGACAUUGCCAGAAAUAUGCCAUGCACGUUGCACAUGUGAGGAUUGAAGCCAGCUAGAACAAUCUAUUUUAGUAAAAAAAAGUUAUAUGAGAAAAUGUUUUUCAUCGUAUAUGUGAUGGCCUUCGUAAGCGCCAUUUCCCCUUUAGUAGUAUAUUAAUUUUGCGCCCGAAGUAGGUCCUCUUCGUUAGCGAUUUUUUUUCUUUAGCCUCGAAACUGCAUGAGCAUUAUGCCGAAAUAUUGUAACAGCAUGUGACUGUGACAACGUGGUAGAAUUCAAUGGCAUACUCGGGUAUUGUGAAAUGGUGCGCAGCAAGCCCUAAUACCGGUGGCCAGAAAAUCUCGCGUUGACAAUUUAUGGAUGUUGCCGCACUUCUCGUAGUGAAUUAAGUCUGGGCUCUUCCAAAGAAAGCUGGUGGCCACCUGAAACCUAAACAUACAUCCUUUUUCACUGACCACUCAGCUAUAAAAUUUUAUUAUACACCAGUCGUUACAAUUUAAAUAUCCGUAACAAUAAUAAGAAUUUCCAUGCGAAUCCUGCUGCACAAGUGCUUUAUAUGCUUUUGUGGACAUAAUUUUCGCUAACAGACGGAGCAAGCAGGCACAAUGCUAACAAGACGUUGUUAAUGAACAUCCUAAUUUUGCGAUUAUCGUACGUGCUUGUAUUUAAAAUUUGAAAACAAUCAUAUGCGAAGACAGUCCAACUUAUCUGACACGUGUUCCGAGAUGUUCGUCAUCAAUGUUAACGCUGUUUCGCAUUUGUAGGCGGCAGUCUCGAUUCACAGACGAUCUUCCUAUGUGACGCAGUCGAUUGUCGGUUGCAGAGGAAAGGGCGAAGGCGGCCUGGUUUUGACAGCUGACAGCUGGAGCGCACUGCAGCGCACCUGUUAUCAGCUCUGCCUUGCGUUUCGACUGGGGUGCUGUACGGAGUGAACUACGUCAUAGGUGGGCGUUUGCCUUAAUGCCGGGACUCCCGCCACUUGAAGCCAGGUAUCAUUUUGGGCGUUUACCAAUGCAAUUUUGCUGUAGCACAAGUCUGCGCUUAAUGUUAGAGGUUAUGUUGUGAGCGAAAAAUCGCGCUGAAUUGAAAAACGAGUGCCGUCACUGCAACGAAUAUACCGCGCCCACUGAUCUCACGGAGCUUGACAUGUCCACAUUGAUCCGGCAAAUGCCGAUUAGUAAACCACCAAGAAUUGUUCAUGAA